GAAAUCAGGGCAGCUGCUGCAGGGCGUUAAGAUGGUGCCUCCGGACCGAGGCUCCGCUGUUUAUUUUUGUUGGAAGCAACGCUCGUAUUCGCUUUUGCGUUGAACUUUGUUUUUCUGUGAUUUUCUACGCGUUUCGGUGGUUCUGUUGCACGAAUGUAAUUGAUGUCCCCUUAUAUUUCCGCGGCUCCAACAGCGAACAACUCGCUGAACAGCUACUCGGGCUGAAGUUUGAGCGGCGCGUUUGCUGCCCUGCUCUGAACUGAGCAGACUGGCUCUGCCUGGCUAGCGAGGCUGGAGUCCUAGCUGGCUGGUUCGCUCGUUACUCAAACAACAACGAGCUGUCAAGGCUACAGAGUGAGGAGUCACUGUCUGGACAUUACACUGAUGCUUUCUUCUGCCUGAACAUCUAGUGAAACAGUUUUGAAGAGCCACGAAGGCGGAGACAACAGAGUUUGGUCAACAUGUCGAUCACAAACACGCCGACCAGUAAUGACGCUUGCCUGAGCAUCGUGCACAGUCUGAUGUGUCACAGGCAGGGUGGGGAGAGCGAGACCUUCGCUAAGCGGGCCAUCGAGAGUCUGGUGAAAAAGCUGAAGGAGAAGAAGGACGAGCUUGACUCGCUCAUCACCGCCAUCACUACCAAUGGAGCUCAUCCCAGCAAGUGUGUCACAAUCCAGCGCACCCUGGAUGGUCGACUGCAGGUGGCGGGACGCAAAGGUUUUCCUCAUGUGAUCUAUGCGCGACUGUGGCGAUGGCCAGACCUCCACAAAAACGAGCUCAAGCAUGUCAAAUACUGCCAGUUUGCCUUUGACCUGAAGUGUGACAGCGUUUGUGUGAACCCUUACCACUAUGAGCGAGUGGUCUCAGCAGGCAUAGACCUGUCUGGACUUACACUGUCGGGUUCUGGUUCAUCUGGCCUCAUGGUCAAAGACGAGUACGACUAUGAUUGUCCUUCAUCCUUACCCAGUUCUGAGGGCCACAUCCAGACUAUCCAGCACCCUCCCUCUAGACCUGUGGCACAGGAGGCCUUCAGCACACCUUCCCUGCUUCCUCCAGGAGACGGCAGCAGCUCAGCCUCCACUUCUGCCUUCUCAAGUAUUGCAGUGGGAUCUACAACUCAUUCCAAUAGUCUUCUCACAGGGAGCCAUAGCAGUGAGGGUCUGCUACAGAUUGCUUCAGGGACAGGGCAGGGAACACAGCAGAAUGGCUUCCCCCCUGGCCAGACCUCCACUUACCACCACAAUGCCACUUCCACCUGGACAAGGAACAGCAAUUUCACACCCAAUGUGCCUCACCCUCAAAAUGGCCAUAUCCAGCACCAUCCACCCAUGCACCAUCCAGGACACUACUGGCCUGUUCACAAUGAAAUUGCAUUUCAGCCACCUAUUUCCAACCACCCGGCUCCUGAGUACUGGUGCUCCAUUGCCUAUUUUGAAAUGGACGUACAGGUCGGGGAGACUUUUAAGGUUCCCUCAAACUGCCCCAUCGUGACUGUGGAUGGGUAUGUGGACCCGUCAGGCGGAGACCGCUUUUGCCUGGGCCAGCUGAGUAACGUGCACAGAACUGAAGCCAUUGAGAGAGCAAGAUUGCACAUUGGGAAGGGUGUCCAGCUGGAGUGCAAAGGUGAAGGUGAUGUGUGGGUGCGCUGCCUGAGUGACCACGCCGUUUUCGUACAGAGCUACUAUUUGGACAGAGAGGCCGGGCGCGCUCCUGGAGAUGCUGUUCACAAGAUCUACCCGAGUGCGUAUAUCAAGGUGUUUGACCUGCGACAGUGCCACCGGCAGAUGCAGCAGCAGGCAGCCACAGCUCAAGCAGCGGCUGCGGCCCAGGCGGCAGCGGUGGCCGGAAACAUCCCUGGACCUGGAUCUGUAGGGGGGAUCGCACCCGCAAUCAGUUUAUCUGCAGCUGCUGGCAUUGGUGUGGAUGACCUGCGCAGGCUGUGCAUCUUGCGGAUGAGCUUUGUGAAGGGCUGGGGUCCGGACUACCCCAGGCAGAGUAUUAAGGAGACGCCAUGCUGGAUCGAGAUCCACCUCCAUCGGGCCCUGCAGCUGCUGGACGAGGUGCUGCACACCAUGCCCAUAGCUGACCCCCAGCCCCUGGACUGAGAGCUUUUCACUUGUACCCCCUUUCUUUAGGACCUUGAGGCACUGAAGUCGAUUUCCACGCCCCCAUUUCUUUCUUUUUUUCAUUUUUUGAAGUGCAGCCAGACAACCUAAUGCCGUUGAACUGUGUGAGCCAGUGCGGAUGAGCCCCUGGUGUAGACAGUGGGGUGAAUUUGUUGUACUAGCCAACCUCUAUCCCUGUGUUGAAAACAAGUCGAGGUGCAGGAACUCGACACGACUUUCCUAAAGUAAACACAAUUUUUAAUGGGACAAGCGUGGAAAGCUGCUGCAGGAUUUCAUUGAAACAUCAAGUUGCAGUUUUGUUUUCUAUUUGAGGCACCCAUACUAUUACUUUUUGCAUCUUCUAAGUACACAAGCCCUCCCACAGUGGUGGCAUAUACCAUGCACUGGGGGAAGGACCUAAAGCGAUGCAACAAAUGAGGAGCAACUGAGCAGAGAAUUCUGAGCAUUGUGUGAUUAAAUGGUUUCAGCUCCUCACAUGCAGCUGUUGUGGUUAUAGCAAGAUCCUCUAUGAUGUGAUUUCUUUAUAUGGACUAAUGUAUCUUGGCAAAAUUCAUGGACACCGUGUCUUUGAACAAAGCUGUUCAGGGACACGAUGUAGGCUUGUUACCGGAGGAGUAUCACUGCUUUACAAGGUGACGUUUCAUGAAUUAUUAAUGACUUACUGGUCCACCAUAAAGUUGCUGACCUGCGUAUUAAUGUGGUCAUUUAAGCUGGAACUAGGUCGUUCUUGGUCGCCAACUAAAGCCUCCUGCGCUUUCAUACAACAGCCAGGGAUGUUAACCCAUUUUGGUCAGAAUCAAGCAGUCCUUCGGUUUAUCUGACAAUUCAUGUAGCAGUUACUGUUUUUCCCCCUGUGGCAGUAGAAUUGGGGCAGUUAUUUUAUUUAAUCCCCAGUAUUUGCUACAAGAUGUGUGCAUUGAUUAACUGUAUUAGGUCAGUUUCAUUGGAGGGCCUGUAAUCUAAACCCCUCUUGUUCUGUAAGAUAUACAGCGGUUAAGGUAGGUAGGAUGUGUCCAGCUUCAGUUGAAUGGGCAAUAAGAAUAUUCCCUUUUUUCCUUUUAGCUGAAUGCCAUGAUUGCUUACUAUAGCACUUUAUUGAUAGAUCCCCCCUUUACAUCUUCUUGACACAAUCGCCCAUCUGUCCAUCUCGCCCCAUACAUCCAUCAGCAAAACUGGGCUGUACCUUCAAUGAAUUAAGAGGGAAUUCCAUAGAUAAAUAUUUUUUCAAAAAUCUUGGCAUGAUUAAAUCUUUAGGAUUCAAGUCUUUUCCACCAUUCUGUCAACUUGGUCAGGACUGUUCAGUGGUGGUAAUAGGAACCAGACGUCAAAGCGCUUAAUGCUUCUAAAAGAGCUGUCACACAAAAUGGUUAGGAGUAUGUUGUCUGAUACCUGAGACAUUGUUUUAUAACAAUAUGAGCUAUGAGAAGCUUUUGGCCUGAAUUAUAUAUUUUUUGUCUGUUUAUGGCAAAGGGCUACAUGCAGGAUGUUCAAAGCCACAGCAGUACUCAAAUAAACUCUGACGUGUUCAUUGGUUAUUUUUGACAGCAGAUAAAAUGACCUCUGGGUCCUAUAACCACUACAUUUGACAUCUCAGUGAUGAAAAAUCAGUGUAAUUCCUGUUUUAAUUCAAGCUCCACUGACAGGACAUUAAAACCAUGCUAGGGUGCAUCCACGGCCAUCACUGAACACUGACAGGAUAUUUUUAUUAUUCUUUUUUUUUUUAAGAUAUCCAUACUGUCAUUCAUGUCUAAAUACAUGUUAAAAGGGCUCGUGAUGUUUUCUUAGCCUCAAACAAACUCGACUCUUACUCGGCCUUGAGGAAAGUAAGACUCGAGAUACCUCACUGUGGGGAAACAAUCCUAAUUUCAUAACUUUGGUUUCUCAUUUUAAUUCCCAGUGCAGGAUAUCCAGGUCCAACAGUGAAUAAUGUAAUAAAUUCCAAUAAUGUUUUGAUUAGAAAUGAACUGGAAACCAGGUAUGUUUCUGUGAGAAAACUGAAAGCCAUAUGAAAUUAUAGAGAAGAGGAUAAUGUCAGUAUUACAUGGAGCUUAUAUGUGGUGGGUUUUGCUUUAAGUACAGAUUGAGGUAUCGAGUGGAGGGUAAAAGAGUUUAGACAAUCCUAUCAUGGCCUGUCUUAGAGGGGCUUAUUUAGAUAUCGUUUCCUUUUGCUACUUUUACUAUAAGCAGCCUGAUAAAGUCCUAUAUCUAUUUGUACGGAAAGAAGUAGGAUUACAGUUAAAAUAGGAAAACAGACGUUUGUGACAGCAUUUGCUCUUUCAGGUAGAACUUCAGUUUUAUCAAUUAAUUGAAAUAUAUUUGAAAGUAGAA